CGGGUCGCCGGGAGGUGACGUCACAGCAUCGGCGUCGCUGCGGUGGACGCGAGGCGAACAUGUCGGCGCUGAUGCGGCUGGCGACCUCCGUUCGCUUCGGGGGCCGCCUCCUCGGAGCCGCCCGUGCGCGGGACGCUGGAGGCCCUGGAGUCCGUCGCGCAGGUGGCGAGGUGCAUAUCCCGCCCACCUACCGGGAGUUCCCGCAUCUGACUCGCUCGCAGGUGAUCCAGGCCGAGUUCUUCAGCGCCACCAUGUGGUUCUGGAUCCUCUGGCGCUUCUGGCAUGACUGGGAGGCUGUGUUGGGCCAUUUCCCGUACCCAGACCCUUCCCAGUGGACGGAUGAGGAGCUGGGGAUCCCCCCCGACGAUGAAGACUGACAGCGCCGGCUCGUGCUUGCAGGUGGGUCUCCUCGGGUGACUGUGCC